GCCUAUCCGGAUCGGGCGGGGCUUGGGCCGUAGAUCCCGCCCCACGCCAGCGCCGCGGAGGCGCAAGGGAGGGGUAUCACCACGCCCCCCCCCCCCCCCAGUUUCCAAGGCAACCGGGUUCAACAGUUUCGGUGCUGCCGGCGUCUGGAGGCCCCCGGGCGCCCACCGGUCGGCAUGUGCGCCGCGGAGGUGGACCAUCAAGUUGCCCAAAGAUACCUGCUCAAGCGGCGGCUGGGGAAGGGGGCCUACGGCAUUGUGUGGAAGGCAGUGGAUAGGAGGACUGGCGAAGUCGUGGCCAUCAAGAAAAUCUUCGAUGCCUUUAGGGAUAAGACGGACGCCCAGAGAACAUUCCGGGAAAUCAUGCUGCUCCAGGUGAGCAGCCCAGGCCACCUGGCAGCCCCUCCAGGUGCAGGUUCUCCCAGCAAGGUGGGGGGGGAAACCCAGAUCUGCGUCCCCCCCAAAGCACACA